AUGAUCUGAUAAAAGGAACAUUUGGCAUGCGUGAGAUCAGUUGAUUUUCAAUAACUCAACAACUAACAUCAAGAAUGAAAUCAAUCGUUGCCAUUCUAUUUAUCGCCGCCAUGACAUCUGGUGCCGAAGUUUGGGAGGGUAAAAAGUACAAAAACACCGAAUCGAAAAAUUUCGAUGAGUACAUGAAAGCGAUUGGCGUUGGAUAUUUCACGCGCACCAUCGGAAAUUCCGUCCAACCAACCGUGGAGCUGAAAAAACACGGCGAUAAAUACACUUUAUCAACAACAUCGACAUUCAAAAAUUCGGACCUCACAUUCGAAUUGGGCAAAGAGUUCGAAGAAGAAACAUUGGAUGGUCGCAAAGUGAAGAGUGUCAUGACAUUAGAUGGAAAUAAAUUGGUGCAUAAACAAGGUGGCAAACCACCAUCCACAAUUACACGUGAAUUCAAAGCGAACGAAAUGAUUGCCACCAUGAAAGUAAAAGAUGUUGUUGCCACUCGUAAAUAUGUUGUCGAACAUUAAAUGUUGAUAUUUACUUUUGGCAUAAACAAAUCGAAGACGAAAAAGCAAAACGUUUCUACGUCAUAAAUGUUUUGUUUAACCUGAUUUGGAUUGAACUUUUAUGAUCUUUUUGUUUUCUUCAAUAUUAUUUAUUUGAGAUGUCGCAGAGCGCAAAUCGUGAUAUUAAAUUAUUUAUAUCAAAAUUUGGACUUUUGACCAAACAAUCAAAGUGCAAGUGGAAAAUUGAGUUUUAGAUCUUGACAAUUUCGAACAAAAAUGUUUAUGUUUAGUU